UUAAUAAUCAGUUAUAACACUCAUAUUAACAUGUUUACAGGUACAUUUGUACAAACACUUGGGGACCAUAGUUGACAUUCACUGACAUAUGCACCACUUGUAGAACUUUUACGUUGUGCGUUAAAAGGCCAUUAAUACUGUCUUGACCUCUGGCCUUUUACCCUCCCUCCCCCAAACGUCUUUGUGUGGCCUUACACGGGGCGAUAUCUCAUCAAAGCUUCCUUUGUGCCCUUUGUGAAAACAUUAUUGCAUGUGUAAUGGCCCAUGUAUCACAUACAGAUUCAGUUACAAAUGCAGCAGAAUGACACGGGCUGGGUCAUUUACGCAUGGUGGCCAAAGCAAACCAAAAGAAGAUUGUGAUAUUUGUAUUUUUUUCACAUAUCCGUCUUUUUUUUCUGUGCAAUUGCAGUCAGCAUUGAGGUGCAUGCAGGUAAGAUUCUGGUCAUGCUUGGGAUGUCCUUCAUGUUGUACCAACUGGCUAAAUGACUACCAUUGUAAUAUGUCUCCCAUGAUAGUCACACCCAAGGUGUAAGUUGCCACUGGUUUCCAGUAACCGCUGAAGAAGGUAGAGUUGAAAGCAAGAAAUUUGGAAAGAAAUAAGUUCAAUUAGGGGAUCUAAUGAUAGGAAGUAAAGAUAAAGACUAACGCUCAAAAAAGAGAAAGACAGAGAAAUAUGGACUGUCAAUUCAACGUGACAUAAAUGUUAUUUCCAAGGAGAUUAUCCUUUUUCUAAUAAACAUAUAGCAGUGCAUAAAAAUGUAUGGAUGUUAUUACGAGUAAUGCAUUUUUUUGGGGGUAUAGAGAAUGAAGACUACAAUACAGACUACAAUGAGGACACAGACCGAGAGGCAAAGAGAAAGAGAGGGAGAAGGAAGAAGGGAGAAAGAGAAAACAAAAGAAAAGCAAAGAAAGGAGGGAGUACAGGCAUAUCAGGGAUUUACACUCAGGAGCAAUCUGAGAAAGAGCGCCAGAGAAGGAAGGCCAGGCGACAUAAAGAUAAAGAGGAAGAAAAGACGGGAAUAGAGGAAGACGGCGAAGAGGUGGACAACGAUAUCCAAAGUCAAAGAAAGAAUGGGAGGAAUGGAAAAGCAAAAAAGCUUAAAGAAGAGAAAGAGGAGGAGAACAGGAAUCACAAGAGACAAAGACCGUCUAAAACAGACGAGGAAAUAACUGCCAGUAAGAAGAAAGCCAAGAAGAAACAGGAAGACGAACCACAAAAGACAGACAAAGGAAAGAAAAAAAGAAAGAAAGUAGAAACCAGUUCUGAAUCCUCUGAGGUGGAGGAACUAGCUGGGGAGGAGGAGGAGGAGGAGGAGGAAAAGGAAAUGGUGGUGGGGGUGCUGACUCCUGAGGAGCUGGAGAAGCUGAAGGAGGCGGUGGAUGAGAGGAAGAAGCUCAUCACCACGCUCAGAGGAAAGCCCUGGCCCAUGAUGAAGAAACUACAAACACUCAAGGAAUCUCAGGAGUUUGUGGAGAAAUAUGAGGGUGCUCUUGGGAGAGGAAGGGGUAGAAAGCUGUAUGCCUACAAAGUCAUGAUGCAAAAGAAAUGGAUGAAGUUCCUGCGCGACUUCGAGAACUUCAAGACAGCGUGCAUCCCAUGGGAAAUGAAGAUCAAAGACAUAGAAAGUCAUUUUGGGUCCUCUGUUGCGAGCUACUUCAUCUUCCUCAGGUGGAUGUAUGGGAUCAACACGAUUCUCUUUGGACUCACGUUCGGCCUGGUCAUGGUUCCAGAGGCACUGAUGGGGAGGCCUUAUGGGAGCAUUCCGAGGAAGACUGUUCCCAGAGCGGAUGAAACAAGUGCCAUGGACUUUGCCAUCUUGUGGGAUUUUGGGGGGUUUGCUAAGUACUCAGUGCUUUUCUAUGGCUACUACAACAACCAGCGGACUGUUGGCUGGCUGAAGUUCCGCAUGCCUCUCUCUUACUUCCUGGUUGGGGUCGGCACAGUGGCCUACAGCUACAUGGUGGUCAUUCGGAAGAUGGCCCGCAACGCCAAUGAGCAAGGAGGCGGAGAUGACACCAGUUUCAACUUCAGCUGGAAGAUGUUCACCAGCUGGGACUACCUCAUUGGGAACCCUGAAACCGCAGACAACAAGUUUGCCUCCAUAACAACCAGCUUCAAGGAAGCCAUUGUGGAGGAGCAAGAGAACAGGAAAGAUGACAACAUCCACCUUACCCGCUUCCUCAGGGUCUUGGCCAACUUCCUGGUACUCUGCUGCUUGGCAGGAAGUGGAUAUCUGAUCUUCUUUGUGGUCAGGAGGUCUCAGAAGUUUGCCCUUGCGGGGCUGGAGAACUACGGCUGGUGGGAAAGAAAUGAAGUGAACAUGGUGAUGUCUCUGCUGGGGAUGUUCUGUCCCAUGCUGUUCGACGUGAUCAGCUCUCUGGAGAAUUACCACCCCCGCAUCGCCCUCCAGUGGCAGCUGGGGCGCAUCUUCGCCCUGUUCCUGGGCAACCUCUACACCUUCAUCAUCGCCCUCAUGGAUGAGAUCAACCUCAAAAGGAAAGAGGAGGAGGUCAUAAUAGCCAACAUGACGUUGUGGCAGGCCAGCCUGUACAACGGGACCCUGGGAGAGAACAACACCACUCCUGUUAUCACUGUUGACCCAGCUGAUGUCCCCAGAGGACCUUGUUGGGAGACUAUGGUGGGACAGGAGUUUGUACGGCUCAUCAUUUCUGACACCAUGACGACGUACGUGACCCUGCUGAUCGGGGAUUUCCUCAGGGCGUUUAUCGUGCGCUUCCUCAACUACUGCUGGUGCUGGGACCUGGAGUAUGGCUUUCCCUCCUAUUCAGAGUUUGAUGUCAGCGGAAAUGUCCUGGGGUUAAUCUUUAAUCAGGGAAUGAUCUGGAUGGGAGCAUUUUACGCCCCCUGUCUGCCAGCGAUGAACGUGCUGCGCCUGCACGUCUCCAUGUACCUGCAGUGCUGGGCAGUCAUGUGCUGCAACGUCCCCCAGGAGCGCGUCUUCAAGGCCUCGGGCUCCAACAACUUCUACAUGGCCAUGCUGCUGGUCAUCCUCUUCCUCUCCACCCUGCCCGCCAUCUACACCAUCGUCUCCAUACCCCCCUCUUUCGACUGUGGACCCUUCAGUGGGAAAAGUCGAAUGUUUGACGUAAUCCAGGAGACCCUGGAGAAUGAUUUUCCAGCAUGGUUUGGGAUGGUAUUCAGCUAUGUGUCCAAUCCUGGCCUAGUCCUUCCAUUCCUUCUGCUUAUGAUAUUAGCAAUAUACUAUCUUCACUCCAUAUCAAAGACAUACAAACAAUCCAACCUGGAUCUUAAAAAGAAACUUCAAACACAAAAUGAAGAAAAUAAAAAGAAGAAUAAGAGGGCUGCUCUAAAGGCAGCGACAGAGCUGGAGGAGGCCAGAAAUACUCUACAAGAACAGCAGUCACAAAGCAACAACAACGCUUCAAACCGAGGUGACAGAAGACUUAACGACAGUAAUGGUACAACUAACCAGAUAGAGAACGGACACACCGCAAAGAACCAUUGUAGACCUCCUUAUCCCCAUAGAUGCAUGGACAGACCUUCAGUCCCAAGAGGACCUGGUAUGCCUGGGUACCUACCAGGCCUCCCACAUCGACCAGCACCCUAAUGACCAAAACA